UCUUUCAAACUCCCAAUUUUCUUCUUUGUUGAAACGAACAAGUAUUUCUAUACUUCUCUCAACCUAAUUUGUUGUUCUCCUGAGUUUCCUGCGAUAUAGUUUAUGACCAUGGGUACUGAACAUAGACAUAAUGAUGAUCAGAGUUAUGGUCAUACUCAGAACAAGUCUCUCACUGAGGAAGAGAAGAAACAAAAGCAAAUAGAUGAUUGGUUGCCAAUUACUUCGUCAAGAAAUGCAAAGUGGUGGUAUUCUGCUUUUCACAAUGUUACUGCUAUGGUUGGAGCUGGUGUUCUCAGUUUGCCAUUUGCUAUGGCUGAACUUGGAUGGGGACCAGGAGUUACUAUAAUGGUUGUAUCUUGGCUCAUAACUCUGUACACAUUAUGGCAAAUGGUGGAAAUGCAUGAAGUCGGAGAUGGAAGGCGUUUAGAUCGAUAUCACGAACUUGGACAAUAUGCAUUUGGUGACAAACUAGGAUUGUGGAUUGUUGUACCUCAACAACUGCUUGUUGAAGUUGGUGUUGAUAUCGUGUACAUGGUUACGGGAGGAAGAUCAUUGAAGAAGGUCCAUGAUUUGGUCUGCGAUGAAAGUUGCAAAGACAUUAAACUCACCUACUUCAUUAUGAUUUUUGCAUCUUGUCACUUCUUCCUUGCUCAGCUUCCAAACUUCAACUCUAUCUCAAUUGUGUCGUUGGCUGCCGCUGUUAUGUCCCUAAGUUACUCGACCAUUGCUUGGGCCGCUUCGGUUAAGAAAGGGGUUCAACCUGAUGCUGAGUACACCUACAGAGCUUCAACACAAACUGGGAAAUUCUUUAACUUCUUGAGUGCUUUGGGUGAUGUUGCAUUCGCUUAUGCCGGGCAUAACGUAGUGUUGGAAAUUCAAGCUACUAUCCCUUCAACACCUGAGAAACCCUCAAAAGGACCUAUGUGGAAGGGUGUUGUUGUUGCAUACAUUGUUGUUGCCAUAUGUUACUUCCCUGUGGCUUUCAUCGGUUACUACGUUUUCGGAAACAAAAUCUCAGACAAUAUUCUUGAAUCACUUGAGAAGCCUGUUUGGUUGAUUGUUAUCGCCAACAUGUUUGUUGUUGUUCAUGUUAUUGGUAGUUAUCAGAUCUAUGCAAUGCCAGUGUUCGAUAUGAUGGAGACCUUCUUGGUGAAGAAAUUGCACUUCACUCCUGGAUUGCCUCUACGGUUAAUUGCACGUACUUGUUAUGUUGCAUUUACAAUGUUCGUCGCUAUAUGUUUCCCAUUCUUUGGUGGACUUCUUGGAUUUUUCGGAGGAUUUGCUUUUGCCCCAACCACAUACUUCCUUCCUUGUAUAAUGUGGCUAGCAAUCAAAAAGCCAAGAAAGUUCGGUUUAUCGUGGUUUACUAACUGGGUUUGCAUCGUAUUAGGAGUAUUGUUGAUGAUUCUAGCACCCAUCGGUGGAUUGAGGUCGAUCAUCAUUUCAGCCAGCAAAUACAAGUUCUUUUCUUGAACAACGUCUUUAGGAGUUUAUAUUAUAUAAAGUUGUAGCGUGUGCUUGUUAGAGGUCAAUAAGAACACAAACGAGUGACUUAUUCGAUGAUGACGAAGAAGAAAUUGAUGGUUAUACAUGCUUAUGACCUUGUUGAUAGCUGGAUUAGAUUGGUGGUGGCGGUACAGAAGAAUGAAUGUGUUUAGUUUUACAUUUACUUUAUUAUACCCUCCUCUUGUACUGAAGUCAAGAGGAGUAAAGAAAAAGAGUCUGGAUUUUAUUUUGGUUUCUCAUUAAAAGAACGUUUGAUAAUGUGGGAAAAUUGAAACCAAGUUGUUUGAAUUUCAAUAUUAUUUGUUUCAGAGUUUCCAUUGGUUUGUUUGA